AUGGAGGAUCACAGAGAGGAAAUGGCCGAAGAACGUCAGGAGGGACAAGGACAGCGUCAAUCCCUGGCGACGGCAAAAACAUACUUCACAAAAAUGGCCAACUUGGUCAAGGAGACGGUGAAGAAAGCUGAGUUGAUUUUGGCCGAGGAGCCAGAACCACGGCGCAUUAUUAUGCUCAAAAACCCUAAACAAGAAGCUGAUAACGCAACUUGUCGACGUUUCCGGUUUCAAGGAAACGAUCGAACUCAAAGGUUGAAGCGUCCGCCGUAUUGAAAGCGGAUAAGGCGAACAGCAUAAAGUUGAUUGAAGAGCACUGCGGAAAGCUGAGAUUCGCAGAGUUGCAGGAAAAGGUGGCGGCGGUGAUCGAGAAGGCGGAGCGGGCGAUCGCGGCCACUCCAAUUCCGGAAGGCGAGGAGACGCCAGAAGGAGAAGAAAGAGGCCAAUCGGAGACGGAGAGCAGUAAUGAGAAUCAGCUCACGAUCGGACAGGCUCAAAGGCGUAGAGUCGGCGAAAGUAACGGAGAGACAGAGGAGUUGAACGCCCAAACCGGUCGUGGCAGGAUCGGGGAUCAGGGUGAUCAGGUCUCGGAGGAAGCCAGGAGAAGAUUGCAGGCGGCGAGAUUGGCUCCAGAGACUCCGGAACCGACCCGGCAGAUGAGCCAACAAAAGUUGAAUGAGAUGCUCAUGCGGGAGAAUGAGAUCCUUCAAGAGCAAUUGUCGGAUGUCCAGGAGAUCCUUCAGGACAGACUGAGAGGCAGAGAGAGAGCCGCAGAGCCGAGCCCGUGGGGGGGAAACAGCAGAUCACCGAUUGAACCAUCCGGUGGCGCGCAGAACAUCUCCAUAAGAGACAUGAUCGAGUCAAUCGACAAGUUCUCAGGAGAAGACCCCUGAUUUGUACCCCCGAAUUCAUAAACCAAUUCGACGAACAGGUACACCACAACGGGUUCUACACGGCGGCGACGAAGUACUGCAUUCUAAAAAAAUGUCUGACAGGAGAAGCACGGAAGUUGGUGACCACCACAACUUUCACGGAGGAGGACUAUCGGAAGACCAGAGAGCUCUUUGGAAGCCACGUACGCGAAAGAUCGUGUACCGAAGCUCAUGAGAAAGUUCAAGGACUUACCGAUAGACCCGAACGAUUAUAUGAGAAUGGACACAGACAUAUCCAGGCACGUGGCAAUAGCCAACCAACUCAAUCAGAACGGGGUUCCGAUGGAUCACCCGCUCAUGAUCGAUGAGUUGAUAAAGAAGUUGCCAGUGGAUAUCAUGAGCCACGUAGUGAAAGGACGAGAUCGUCAAGAAUGA